AUGGCUUAGAGAUUAACAUUCAGACGCCGCGUCUUUCAUUACAACACAAACUCCAACCGCAGAAAAGUCUCUAAGACUCCAGGUGGUAAGCUUGUAUAUUUGUACCAGAAGAAACUUGGCACCCGUGCUAAAUGUGGUGAUUGCAAGCAGAAGCUUCAGGGUGUGACUGCUGCCCGCCCCCUCCAACUGUCGGCCAUGUCCAAAAGACUGAAGACCGUUACAAGGACAUAUGGAGGAUCUAGGUGCCACAGAUGUGUCAGGGAGAGAAUAGUAAGAGCUUUCCUCAUUGAAGAACAGAAGAUUGUUGUCCGAGUUCUCAAAGCACAGGAAGCUGCCAAGAAAUAGAUUGUACCUCCCUGAAAAUAAAUGUAAAAAAAUC